AUACAUAUCUACCUAGGUACCUAAGGUACUUUUUUUUUUACUUAUACCUACACACUAACCAGCUCCGAUCAAUACAUACAUCAUACCCAUUAAUCCACACGCGAACCGAUAUACAAAAACAUCGUGAACACCUCCCCUUCGUCACAAAAGCUUUAAGACUUGCCUAUAAGAACCUACUACCUUGCCCACCCCCCUCCGUCGGCAAAAUCCCUCCCCCGCCUACACUCGCCUAUAAUACCCCCCACGAGUUCAUAGGUAUCACCAUCACCGAUUUAUAUAUCACGAGUCUCUGUUACCACCAAACCUUACCUAACCGGUAUUCACUCGUCCCACUAACAACCACACCAACCAACAUCGCGAAUAGUAUAAUACGAAUAGUACAAUAUAUAUAUACAUAUACGCAGCUUAGAUUCUUGACAUGUCGGGUUACGGUUACCCAGGAGGAUAUGGUCCGCCGCAGCAACAGUAUCACGGCAAUUAUUAUCAACCCCCACCCCAGCCAUACAACGGAUACCCUCCUGCCCAAGGAGCACCUCCCGCUCCUUACGGAUAUCCCCAGCAACAAAACCCUCCUCAACCUUACGGAUAUAACCAGGGCCCACCACCACAGCACGGCGGCUACGGCCAACCUCUAAGUCAAUAUGGUAGACCUGGACUACCGACGGCGAACUCGAAUUCCUAUAACCAUGGCAAUUACAACGCACCUCCUCCACCGCCUUCUGGACCUCAACAUUUCGGCAGCGGCGCUCCUCAAAACUACGCGUUUCAGUAUAGUAACUGCACCGGUCGACGGAAAGCUUUACUUGUCGGCAUAAACUACUUCGGUCAGCGCGGCCAACUUCGGGGAUGUAUCAAUGAUGUGAGAAAUAUGUCGGCAUACCUCGUCGAACACUUCGGCUACAAACGAGAAGAUAUGGUUAUUCUUACCGACGACCAACAAAACCCCAUGAGCCAACCGACAAAGCAGAAUAUUCUACGGGCUAUGCAUUGGCUUGUGAAGGAUGCAAGGCCCAACGACUCGCUGUUCUUCCACUAUUCGGGGCACGGCGGUCAAACCAAGGAUCUGGAUGGUGACGAACCCGAUGGUUAUGAUGAAGUUAUAUAUCCUGUCGAUUUCCGACAUACUGGACACAUUACCGACGAUGAGAUGCAUCGUAUCAUGGUUAGACCACUGCAAUCCGGAGUACGGUUAACGGCCAUUUUUGACUCGUGCCAUUCCGGUACCGCGCUCGACCUUCCGUAUAUCUACUCCACCCAAGGAAUACUCAAGGAACCGAACCUGGCCAAGGAAGCGGGACAGGGCCUUCUCGGUGUUAUUUCUUCCUACAGCCAAGGAGAUCUUGGCGGCGUUGCGAAUAACAUCAUGGGCUUUUUCAAGAAGGCCACCAGCGGAGAGGAUGCGCACCACAGAGCCAUGGCGACCAAGACUUCGGCAGCAGACGUUAUCAUGCUUUCUGGAAGCAAAGAUGAUCAAACCUCGGCCGAUGCAACAAUCGCUUCCCAGGCUACCGGUGCCAUGUCGUGGGCCUUUAUAACCGCCUUGAAGAAGAACCCUCAGCAAAGUUAUGUACAACUACUCAACAGCAUCCGGGACGAGUUAUCCACACGGUACACCCAAAAGCCUCAGCUCUCCUGCAGCCACCCUCUGAAUACUAACCUGCUAUUUGUGAUGUAACAAAGCGGAACGGGACGUUGACGGGCGUCUCCUGGGCGGAUGUCGCAAUGAAGUUAUGCAUUUGGGGGGGGUGGGGGGGGGGUUUGG